AUGGACGACUUCUCCGUCGUCCGGAAGCUCGGGCGAGGGUCGUUCGGGGAGGUGUUCGCGUGCGUGCGUCGCGACGACCCGUCGCGACGGCUCGUGGUGGUCAAGAAGAUCACGAUGGGGGCGAAGCGAAGCGACCAGGAGGACGCGAUGAACGAGUGCCGCGUGCUCGCCAAGUUGGACUCGCCGUACGUUACGAAGUACUACGACUCGUUCGUGGAGAACGGCGGGAAGGAGCUGUGCAUCGUGAUGGAGUACGCCCCAAAGGGCACGGUGCAUCAGCUCGUGCGCGCGUCGCCGCCGGGGCGACUCGACGAGUCGACGAUCUGGAAGCUCACGCUCCAGUCCGCGCUCGGCUUGCAUCACAUCCACCGGUUGAAGAUUCUCCACAGGGACAUCAAGUCCGAGAACAUAUUUCUGGACGCGCGCGGGGACGCGAAGAUCGGCGACCUGGGCGUCGCGAAGGUGAUGUCGCACGAGGGGUCGCUCGCGCGGACGCUUGUCGGGACGCCCUACUACCUCUCCCCGGAGCUGUGCGAGAACAAGCCGUACGAUCACAAGAGCGACGUGUGGAGUUUAGGGUGCGUCAUCUACGAGAUGCUCACCGGGACGCAUCCGUUCCACGGGGACAACCAAGGCGCGCUGUUCAUGAAGAUUCUGCGAGGGAAGUACCCGCCCGUGAACGAGCGCGCGUACGGGGAGGACAUACGCGCGCUGCUGGACCGGUGCCUCGCGAACGACGUGCGGACGCGGUUAGACGCGAGGGGUAUUUUA